AAUUUGUUGAAGCGCUGCAAAGGUACCACGCAGCAUUAUUCAUUCACGUGAACAGACUUCUACGUCUGUUUGAGAUCUUCCGAUCCUUCAUUCCGCCAUUUGGGAGUUCAUUCGACUUUCUAGCGAGACAUCCCACAUGAUCCAAGACGGGCGGCUCCAGCUUUUUGGUCAUUCAUCAGUCUCUGUUCCCAGCAACCUCUUGUCUCCCGAACACAAGCGCUUAACCUGUGCUCCAAUUUCCACAUCUAGAUCCUGAAUGGCAGAGGCAAACGAACAUCAUGGAGACCUACCGCCCGCUCGGCAUACCCUCUCGAUUCAUUCUGAUCGUGAGGCCUUAGAACUUGACCAUGCUCAAGCGAAUGGCUUCCCCCCUCUAACGACGGUCGUUACAAAUCAAAGUACUCCCCGAGCCUUGCGUUGGUGGCGGAGACACAUCUCGUUGGGUGUCCCACAUGUCAAGUGCCGAGAUCAUUUGGCCAACGAAAGAACCUUUUUGGGUUAUCUUCGGACAGGGCAGGCUUUCGCGAUGCUAGGUGUGAUCAUUGCCCAAGUCAUGCGUCUUCAACACAGCAUUACUCCUGAUCCAGUCUUGGGUUACUUCGCCGUCAGUGUGCCCUUGUCAUCUGCAUGUCACGCGUCAGCAAUUGCCGUAUCACUUCUGGGAGCCAUUCGCUUCUUUCGGUAUCAGAAGGAAAUGGCUCGGGGCUAUGCUGUAUGUGGUGGAUGGGAGAUCAAAACUGUUGGCACACUGGCCACCAUGGUAAUAUUAUCUAUGAUCUGCCUUGUACUAGCUAUCACAAUCGAAAAGGGAUAAUCCCCAAUUUUCAUGCAGAGGAAACUCCAUCCGUCACUCUCACACGGCCGCCGGCCUAGCAGGAAUAGCAGGAUGGACGAGCAGCGGCUUCC